AUGAAAAAGAUAAAAACUGUAUGCGCAAUGCAUGCAGUUCGAGUUCUCAUCUUCUUGUUUUUAGCGUUUCCUUCUAAUAUCAAAGCAAAGAAUCCAGAAAAAUCCGAUCUUGAACAAAUCAGUGAAAACUUCCGUAUUCUGUCUCGUGUCACUAAUGCCAUUUAUCUCUCAGCUGAAACGAUUAAAAAGGACAUCAACGUCACUAACAUUUACUGUGAGCUUCUUCAAGUUUCGCCAGAAAAUUUAGAAAAAGUCACAAAUGUUGAUGUUGAACCAGUGACAGAAGAAAUCAAUAGAAUAAUCAAAGAGUUUGAGAAAAUCAAGACCAAAAUUCAAAAUGAAGCCAACAUUUCGACAAAACUGACGGAUCUAACAUCGACUUACAUGAAGUUAUUCGAAAACAUGGAGAGAUGGAAGGACGAUGCCAAGGAACAUUGGAACCAACUCAGAGAGAUUUCCACAAAUUUAAGAUCCAACAACUUAAUCAACAACGACUGUUUGAGUUUUGAUAUCCCAACGUUUGAAAAGUUCCAUUCGCUUUUCGACAAAGAAAUGAUGGUUUUGCCACUGCCUCCAGAAAAUGAAGUCACAAGAAUUAUGAAUGAUUUCCUCGGGAAAAGUGAAAACAUGAAAAGUUGUAGUGAAGUAUUAUCAAGAAUUAAAAACAAUGAUUCUCUUUUGGAACUUAUCAGAUUCAAUGAAUCCAAACUUUUGGAUGUCGAGCUGACUUUAGCGAAAAUCCGACAAUUCGCAUUGCUAGGAAAGAAUACUAACCACGCAACUGAUAUGAAUCUUCUGAUUCAAAAACUUUCCACCUUACUACAUCGUACAAAACCAAUUUGGCAAGGAGAUAGUAAUCCUGGGAGUAUGCUACUAGCAAUGCAUGGAUUGAACAAAUCAAUAACAGUUGCCCUAGAUGCUCUACAGAAUCCAUAUCUUACGGAUGAUUCAAGUACUGGUGGACUCCAAAAUCUGGCAGAUUUGUCGAAAGUUUUCACAGAUAUCGAAAGUCAGUGGUUUAAGAAAAUUGUUGCGAAAGGAGCAAGCACAAAGAAACUUGCCGAUGCUUUUGAGCCACACCGGAAAAUCUCAAAAGAAAUAAUACUGCUCGAAUCUUCGUGGAAAGAAUUACUCGGAAUACUCGGAGAGGAAGAUAAAGAAAUGAAGAAUCACUUUGAACCCCUGAUAGGGAUUAUGGAAUUUGCCGUAAAAACACCAAACGCAGCCGAAACGGUCAGUAGUAAAGAAGUGAACUGCUUGGAAAAAGGAAGCAACACUUUCAAUAUCAACGACCUUCUUCCAUUAGAAAAUGAUAUGCGACAGAUCGAAGAUGUUGCACUCAAGAUGAAAAACCUCGACAAACAAUUCAACGCAAUAUCAGUUUUUCAAGCUAAUGGCUUGGUUAAAAAUGCACUAGCUGCCAUUUAUAAAACUGCCAGCACCUCUUAUUCAACAAGAACAUCAGAUGAAACGACGAAAAUUCUUCUGGCAUUUAAUAACUCCAAAACUUUGGCUGAGAAUAUCGGCAAGAGUACUGGCAUGCUGGAAAGUCUUGAGGCUGCCUAUCAGGAUCGCAAAAUCCUUCUGGAUUUGAGCCCUGAAGUUAUGCCGAAAGAAAUCUUGAGAAUUUGUGAGAACGAAGGUUUAUCGGAGUGGAAGAAUCCACGAAGAUUGGUCAAUGAAAUGAUAGCAGAUUAUGAGAGAUUGAAUAAAGUUGCAAAGAGUCUUCGGAACGACGGUCUGAUUGAGAUGACAAAAAUUUUCGAAGAAGCGGCAGGGAUACGUGGUUUGCCAGGGAGUGAAGGACAGAAAUUAAGAAUUGGCAAUAAAAUCGUUCAAGAUAACAUGGAAGCAUCAAAAACAUACAAGAAUCAAAAACAUAUAAUCGAUAACAUCACGAAACUUUUAAUAAAAAUUGAGAAAUUAGAUUUGGAUUUUGCUAAAAAUCAAGGUCGAUUGAAGAAUGCGAAAGUGACAGUUACUAGCCUGAUGAAUUACUUCGAUGAGAUAUUCGGAAAUUCGAAGCAGAAAACAGUUACGAUCGAAAAACAAGUGAACCUCUCAUGGAUUGUCAUUCUGGGACUUUCGAUAGGAAUUUUCUUUUCGAUUCUGAUUGGAUUAAUUGCAAUUUAUGGUUUGACUAAAAGUGGAAGAGCAAAAUACAGAAACACCUAUAUGUAUUAUUGUGGGAAACCAGAAGAUUUUGAAAAGAGGUGGAGAUAUUCGAACUUCAUGGAUACAAUCAAUGGCAAAAAUGCUCUUCUGGAUGCUGUUCGUGAAGAAAAUGAACCUAAUUUAUUGAAAGCAUUGAAGAAUGGAGCUUAUAUUGAUGCUUAUAACAAAUUCGGGAACACUGCUCUUCACGUGGCAACUAAACUUGGACAUCCAGAAUUUGUGGAGCUUCUCAUAAAAUAUGGAGCAGAUCGUUCUCUUCUGAAUUACAAGAAUCUAAGACCAAUGCAAUUGAUUCCCUAUGACAAGAAUGAUUUGCCUGAACACAAGGCGAAGUGUGACCAAAUAAAGAAGAUUUACAAGAAAUAUGAAAACAAAGCAUUCCGAUGCAGUGUUCCUCAAGUUUUCCCAUCAAGCUCUUUUCACAUUUAUAUGGACGACUCGACAGACGUUAAACUCUGCAAUAGUUUCAUAGAUAAAUUUCCAGGAAUUACUACCGACGAAAUCACGUCAAAUAUAACUCAUUGUGUUGUGAAAGUGGAUUCUAACGGAGUUUUUGAGACCGACCGUUUGGAUCUUCUUCAAAGAGUAUUCCACGGAGAAAUUAUUGUGAAAGAGCAGUGGAUGGCUGAUUGUUUGAAUGAUGAGAAAUUUAUUGAACAGGAUUAUAAAUAUCUUGUUGAGGAGAUCAAAUUCAAUGGAGUCGUCUACAAAUCGGUUUUACAAUGGACGGAAGCAAUGGCAAAAGGAACAAUGCCAUAUCUGGUUGGGGCUUGUGUGGUUUUUGUUUUCAAAGCAGGUUAUCCGAAUUUGGCCAUUUUGACAGAAAUUAUAAAAGCUCAUGGAGGGUAUGUGUUGUCACAAUUUCCUCAGAAGGAACAUUUCAACGUCAAUUCUCAUCCAUAUCUUCAUUCUCAUUUGGGACCACUAUUUGUUCUUCAUGAUGGAUCGACCGACUUGACUGUAUACAAAAACGAUGCUGAUAGGAUGUUCACCGUUUUCGAUGAGCAGGAAUUCGUGGAAUUUAUGUUGAAGCGAGAUAUUCAUAGAGAUAAUACUGAGAAACCGAUUGCAGUUAUGAUUGGAGACGAGUGA